GUCUUUGCUCUCUCUGCUCCUAACUAAUGUCCACAACAACCAUGACCCAAUGACUGACCAAAUUAAUACUAAUCACAACUAUCCGCUCUACUCGGAGGAUCAUCCCAAGUAUGGCAGCACAAAGAAUGCCGUACCCACCAUCGUGGUGCCGGAGGAAGCACACACAAAGGCAGCACCCCAAGGACCAGGACUGGAUAACUUCGCGGCUGAUAUCGCAUCUAAAUAUCAUGCUCAACGUAAUGUACGCAAGGUGUCGAGGGCAGGACCUGACUUCAGAGAGUUCUUGGCCAAGAGAAGUCAACGACAAGAUUCGCAGGCGACACUUGUUGACUUUGCCCGACGCCCAUCGAGAACCAAUGAAGGAAAAUUCAGACUCAAUGUCGUCCCGGAUGAGAAUCGUCCUAGCAGCCCUUUGAGACCUACAUCUUCACGACGUGGCUCAUCAAAUUCACGCCCUGGAAGUUCGAAUGGACCCACAGACAUCUCUGGCCAACCGACCUCCCCCAAUCUCAAAGGAAGCCCCGGAUUGGGAUCUCACUCUCCUCGUCUAGGUGGAGGUGAAUGGGGCGCAUUCAAUUGGCGGCCAGACAUCAACCCAAUUCAGCCCGUCCAUGCACGACUACAAAGAUUGGAAUCCGACGCAACGCUAGUAGACACAGGAUCAUGGAGACGUGGCUCACGACAAGGCUCGAGGCAAGGCUCUCGCUCAGGAUCCAUAGUUGAAGACCCCUUUAGAAGAAAGUCUGACUUCUCUUCCCUGGAUGCGCUUCCGACCAACAGACUGCGACAGGGAUCUUACUUUCAACCCAUAAUCGACAUCGACCCAUUGACAGAAAAGGACCGUGGAUUACUCAUUGGAGGUGUCAAGCCUUUGGAUCCUGACCUUGACCAAGAGAAGGAAAACCAGACGACCGAGCCAGAACUUGCAGUUGCGGAACCUCAAGUCAUCACGGAAGAGUUGAAGAGCACCCACCAAGAGCAUAGCAUCACAACGACGCAAGAGACAUUUGUGACAACAACAUACCCCGAAAUCGCCGACCCAGUGGACCCUUGCCGCAACCUGACGCGGAUGGACUUGAUCAAACAGCGUGUAGUGUUCAGCAGCAACAUCUUUGCUAUCAACGUUGCUAUGCUGGUAUUUGCCCUUUUCGCUCCAGAAGCCAUCUCUGGACGCUGGGUACUCUCAUUCAUCGUCUUCAUCAAGUCCAAGGACUGCAUCUCCUCCAUCAUCAGCUGUAUGUAUCUGAUCUACAAAUGUAUCAGAGACUUUUUCUGGCCUCCGCCACCAGUUGAGUCGAAGUGGAUUCUCUCACUAAUUCCUGCAUACUCGGAGUCUGAAGAGAUGAUCAAGAACUGCGUCUUCUCUCUGCGAGACAAUGAUGCACAACCUCACAAGCAGGUAAUGUGCAUCAUUCUGGACGGCAAGCCAAGAGACGUUAAACAGUACAUGCGCAUCACAACCACUUUCAAACGUGAAUACGUUACAUCAAGAUUCAAGCGCAACCAUUUGGUCAUCACUGCUGGGUUUAUGGAAGACGUGCCGGUCAUUGUCUUUGAGAAGGUCAAGAACUCAGGCAAGAAGGACUCGCUCAUCCUUUGCCAUGAUCUGUUCAAUGUUAUGCGGGAAGACGCACCUUUGUAUACGAGACUGCUACGCAAGGAGAUCGAGAAGAAUGUUCUUCCCACCCUGGUCGGCGAGGGCUUCCCCGGCUUCGACAUGGUCUUCUGUACCGAUGCCGACUCUGUCAUCCACAAGGGUGCCGUAGCCGGACUUGCGAAUGCGCUCGUUCGUGACCCAAAGGCCAUUGCUUCGUGUGGUUUGGUGCUGGUGGAGCUUGAAGCUGGUGCUGAAUGGUCGUACUGGAAUCUGUACCAGCAAUUUCAAUACAACUUUGGACAGUUCGUCCGUCGACAAGCUGAGAGCGUCUGGGGCAAAGUCACAUGCCUUCCUGGAUGUAUCACCAUGGUUGCAGUGCGACCGGAGAUGGCAGGAGCAAUGACCAGAUACGCGGCUCCCAUCACUGCAUACCCAGUACUCUUGCAUCAAGUUCAAUACCUCGGCACCGACCGAAGAUUGACUUACUCAAUGCUUUCUCAAAGCAAAGACCUUCACACAGUGUUUGUACCCGACGCCGUCAGCGAGACUGUGGCGCCGCAAUCACUCAAACACUACCUCAGUCAGCGAAGACGCUGGGGUAGCAACGCAUACUUUAAUAACUAUUUCUACUUUGCCGGCGAGAACAUGAUCUGGAUCACGCGACUUUGGGCGUGUAUCGAGGUCACCAGACUCAGCCUGGUCUAUUACCGUGUGGCCAACACGAUUCUCUUCAUCUACGGACUUGUCAGCAGCUUCAACCUCAUGUCGAUCAUCCCGCUGCUGGUCGUCUCGCAACUUCCUACAAUCUGGUUUCUCAUCAACACUGCUACCAACAAGCAGCUCCGGCAGAGAGCUCACAAGAUCUUGCUUGGAUUGUGCAUCAACAAAGUCAUGGCUCCCAUCAUGUCUGUUGCCGUCUUCACAAUCGUAGUCAAGAACUUGGGAUCACAAGCAUGGGGUCUAACACAUGGAGCGACGACUGCUGCACCGGCUGCAGUAGAGGAGAUGGCAGAGAACGAGAAGGCCCAGACGGCCCAAGGUCUUCUCGCAAACCUCCAGCCAAGAAAUGGAUCAAUCAUGUCCAUCAUUACCGAAGAGUCGAGCAUUGGUAUGAACACACCCAAAGCCGCCUCGAUCGCCAGUCACGACAGAGAAGGCGAGUCGGAGGUGAACGAGAUUGAUGAGGAGGAGUCGAGAGAAAAAAUUGUUGGAUUCCUCGCAGCCGGUCUGUGAGCAUGGCGGACGCAAAAGUCCAUUUUUAUUAUUUCCUUUGUCACAUUUACGAUAUCACGACCUUUCUACGAUGAGUUACGAAACACUAUACCACUUCAGCUGCAGAAUAUCAAUACUUUCUCUUGGUUUCAAUUGAAUAAUGGCUUGAGCACGAUGGAAAUAUUGAAGAUUUGCUUGGACAGGGAGCUGAAUAGCUUGAGCCCUGACAGUUGAGAGACAGAAGUGGUGAUCAUGUCGGCAUUCAGGCAGCUGAGGCAAUAGCGGAUUGAUGUUACAAACGGUUCUGUGCAAAUUAACGGCGUGUUGGGGUCGAGGCGUCGAGUGCACAGCAACGCAGCGACGUAAUGCAGGGAAGAUUAGUAUGCCGUUCAGCCAGAGCAGGACCAAGAUGUCUCGCGUCGACUCGG